AAAAGCAAGCGGAAGCCAUCAAGGUAGAGGAGAGGAAGAAGAAGGGCCGAAGGACUCGGGCGAAGCAGCCAUUAGGAAAGUGCUGAUGCAGAGGUUCACUUGUGUCUACGGGCAGAGUUGGAGUAGUUGCUGUUCGCGGACAAAGGCGGUAGGAGGGAGUGGAGCUUUGUAGAAGCUGGAGCCUGUCUCACUGGGUGUCUGUGUUUCAUUCCCUGUCAAAAGGCUGGAAGCUGGGGGAAAAAAGCAGGGAAGCGGCGAGCUGCAGCGCUCGCUCAGGAUCAGAUAGCAAGGAAACCAAUAGCGGAGAGAAAAAAAAAAAAAAAAAGAGAGGAAAAAAAAAAAAAAGAAAACCAACCCACAUCAACCAACCAAACCCACCCACCCUCCACGCUGAGGCUGAACCAGGCAGGUCCCUGCCAACUCCACAGCACACAGCGAGCAGGGAAGAAGUCCACCCUCCUGGGCAGGAGCGGAGUUGAGCCCGAAGGAUAUUUGAUGACACUUUGGCGACGAUGGGUCCCCCAGCAUCUUCCAGAGCCCAUUUGAGGGUGAAGGCUCUGAAAGCGCAGAGGGAGUUUGAAGCUAAAUUCACCUGAGUCUGGAUCUCUUGGUCGCUGGGAUUUAUCUUUUUUUUUUCUUUCUCCAGGGGGUGUCAGGGGGAAACCAAACCAAGAAAAAAACGUGGUGUUUUUUAUUUUUAAUCUCCCUCUUUUUCUUUUUUUUUUAAUUUUUUUUUUUUUUCUUUUGGAAGAAGAUAUUUUUUUUCCUGUGGUUGGAAUGGAGGGAUUGGGUCUGUGCCUAAGAAGAGCAGCAGCCAAACGUCGGUCCUGGGAGAAACCCAAGUGGAUGUGGGGUCCCCCCACCAGCUAACUCUCCAGGACCCGCAGCCCCACGGCCGGGGGGGGGGCUGGAUGCAGUGAGAGAGCCUCUCGCGGGAUCUGUGUGGUGACGCGGCAGCCAAGACGUGGAAGCUUGGGACUUCUCUUCCACUGCAACAGAAUCUGGGGGGGUGGGCAGGGGUGGGUCAGGGGGACACUGGGAGUCGCAAGACCCUUCACCUUCACUGUGGGCUUGGCUCAGGUAUGACUGCAGGCAGAGUCAACCCUUACAGCAUCGUGUCCUCCGAGGAAGACGGGCUGAGGUUGACCACCAUGCCAGGUAUCAACGGCUUUGGCAAUGGGAAAAUCCACACCAGGAGGAAAUGCAGGAACAGGUUUGUAAAGAAGAACGGUCAAUGCAACGUGGAGUUCACCAACAUGGAUGACAAGCCGCAGAGGUACAUUGCGGACAUGUUCACCACGUGCGUUGACAUCCGCUGGAGGUAUAUGCUUUUGCUCUUUUCCCUGGCAUUUCUGGUGUCCUGGUUAUUGUUUGGGCUGAUUUUCUGGCUAAUUGCACUCAUUCACGGAGACCUAGAAAACCCGGGUGGAGACGAUACCUUCAAGCCUUGUGUUCUGCAGGUCAAUGGCUUUGUGGCUGCUUUUCUGUUCUCCAUCGAGACCCAAACGACUAUUGGUUAUGGCUUCCGCUGCGUGACGGAGGAGUGCCCGCUCGCGGUCUUCAUGGUGGUGGUUCAGUCCAUCGUGGGGUGUAUAAUUGACUCUUUCAUGAUUGGUGCAAUAAUGGCAAAGAUGGCCAGGCCCAAAAAACGGGCCCAGACAUUACUUUUCAGCCAUAAUGCAGUAGUGGCAAUGAGAGAUGGAAAACUCUGCCUGAUGUGGAGAGUUGGGAACCUCCGGAAAAGCCACAUAGUAGAAGCCCACGUACGAGCUCAGCUAAUUAAGCCCAGGAUCACAGAAGAAGGGGAGUACAUACCGCUCGACCAAAUAGACAUUGACGUGGGGUUUGAUAAAGGCUUGGACCGUAUCUUCUUGGUGUCUCCCAUCACCAUUCUCCACGAGAUCAAUGAAGACAGCCCCUUGUUUGGGAUCAGCCGCCAGGACUUGGAGACAGAUGACUUUGAGAUUGUGGUCAUCCUGGAGGGCAUGGUAGAAGCCACCGCUAUGACAACGCAAGCUCGGAGCUCCUACCUGGCCAGUGAGAUCCUCUGGGGCCACCGCUUCGAGCCCGUCUUGUUCGAGGAGAAAAACCAGUACAAAGUAGACUAUUCCCACUUCCACAAAACCUAUGAGGUCCCGUCCACACCCCGCUGCAGCGCCAAGGACUUGGUGGAGAACAAAUUCCUGCUGCCCAGCACCAACUCCUUCUGCUACGAGAACGAGCUGGCCUUCAUGAGCCGUGAUGAGGAAGAGGAAGACGACGACAGCCGGGGUUUGGAGGACCUAAGCCCGGACAACAGGCACGAGUUUGAUAGGCUUCAAGCCACGAUAGCGUUGGAUCAGCGGUCGUACAGGAGGGAGUCGGAAAUAUGACUCUUGGUCCUUCUGUUGACUUUUCCGAGGGUAUUUUUUUUUCCUCCUCUAAUCUCUUCCCCUACAACCCGCUCAAAUUAUGCAGAACAAUGCAAGUGCCAUAGGAAUGCUUGAGAAAUUAGUAUCCUUCAUAGUUUUCAGUUUCAUCGCAAUAACCACUGAGCGGUCUGCAGGAGGGGACGGUGGCAGGUCACAGCGCGCCACUCAUGCCCGGCGCCUGCGGCGAGGCCAGCAGCUCAGGGGGGGCGGACGGAUGGAUGGACGGAUGGAUGGAUGGACGGAUGGACGGACGGGUGGAUGGAUGGAUGGAUGGAUGGAUGGAUGGAUGGAUGGAUGGAUGGAUGGAUGGAGGAGGGUCCGUGGGGCACAGGCAGGCGCUCGCCCUGUGCAGCCCCGUGGGGCUUUGCUCUCCCUGUGGGGAAAACGCCAGCGUUUUCUUAGAGCUGAGCACUGCGAGAUCCAAAAAGAGGAAAUAUCAGGAAACAAAUCUUUCUCUCUCUGGUUGUUUUUUUUUUCCCUUUUAUUUUUUAACUGAGCAGCAACAAUAACAAAAAAAUUGCUCCUUCCAGUAGGCAGUCUGGUUCAGUUGCACAAGAACAACACUUGAAAUAACAUGCAACAUUAACGUACUUCUUUUUAAUUUGGGAAAAAGGCGGGGAGGGAGGUGAGAGGGUUUUUAAUUUUUUCACUGUACCAUUUGGAAGACUGUUUACCAAAAUAAUAAUAACAAUAAUAAUAAUAAUAAUAAUAUUAAAUCUGAAAGAACUCAUUCAGUAUUUUUUAAAAAUGAACAAGGGAAUGAAUAAGCCACCAGGGUCAUUUGAAGGGGUGACUUGCUGGGCAGAUGGAAGAGCUAGAAGUCAAGACUGCAUCUGAUUUUGGGGUGACUUUUUUGCCACUGGCAUGGCUUCGUAGGCAGAAAAGAGACGUAAGUGGCUGGAGGUCCGUGGCGGUGAAAGCAAGUAGUGUAAUUACUGGCAAAGGAGCUAAUAAGGAAAAGCCGGACUGUGAUGGAAAGAAGCAUUGCGAACACAGCAAUUAACUGAUGUAUGGAAAUAUUGAACUUCAGGGUGGAAAUGGGGUCUGGGGUAUCAGCUGCUGAAGUGCUGGGUCUCCCCAACAUCUCCAAUGGGGAAUUCAUAACUUUCACCACACCGUACCUAGUACAAGAUAGCAAAAAGCACAAAAAGGAGAGUGGAAAGUCUCGAAUUUGGCUGUUUUCCAAAUUUUCCAACCAAUUUGGUAUUUUCUCCCUUGAAAAUCAUUUCAAACGUGGAAAUCCAUGUGAACAUCACCUUGUUGGGUUGUGCUUCCUCUAGCACAGCAGCCGUCUCCUUGCCAGGCUGGGAUUUAUGAAUUGCCCGUUCACCGGAGAGCCCUGUUUCAGAGGCAGAUGCUUUUCUGAAAACAACAGAUGCCAGUCAAGAAAACCACCCCGUCUGUGCUUCAGCCCAUCCCCGUAUCCCAGCCUUGAGGUGGAUUGUGCCUUAGAGAUGCAAACUCAUCCCGCGCCCCAGCCCUCCCCCACAGCACCCCGCUUGCAUCCCCCCUCCGGGGCACUGUCCCCUUCUCUCUGCCCCCAUGGCAGCACCCACAUCCCACCAUCCGCUCUGUUGUUGGCUGGCCUUGGUGUCACGCUGCUUUGGCUUCUGCUACGGCACGAGGCAAACCGCCCCAUGCAUGGGAAGCCUUUGCUUCUGCCCUGCUCCCUGCCUUCGCGCAGGGGGAAGGAGUCAGGAAGGAGCAGGUUGUGGGUCCCUUCGUCCCAGCUGUGCUGCUCAUUGGUGCUCUGGGAGCCAAAAUCUGGCUCCCUGCUCCCCGUGGCUGUGGGAAAGGCUUCGGUACCUAUCGGCAUCCCGCCCCUGGCACUGGGCACGGAGCCCUGGCAGCACCUGGCCUUGGGGAGAAGGGGUCGAGAGCAGGGUCCCCAGCAGCGUUUUUGCUGUGAGGGGCUCCCGGUGCUUUUCUCCUUCCAAGCCCACAUCGGGGAAGCCAUAUCCCACGGUUACAACUUGCUGUGGCAUGUCCAGACAUCGGUGGCAGAGGCAGGAUUGGUCCUGUAUCCCCAUCUUUCUUGCAAAGGGCUCUGAGGAGCAGCUGUCCCGGUGCCCCCACCCCAGCCCUGUGCCCCUGAGCGUCGUGUCUCGCUGGCUGGCCAUGGGACGGGGACCGGGACGUCAUCCCCACAGGAUUUCUUCCCACUCUGUUCCCACCAGAGUCUACCACCACCAACCCAUGCUGCCUACCAAGGGGCUGCUCGAUUUUUGGCUUCCCCUAAAAACCAGCCACUGGGAGAAAACACCCCCUGGGGCAGCACCGGGACGGAGCAGGUUUUGGCACCAAGUGCCCCAGACAGGUGUCCCCAACAGCAGGGACAUGUAGGGACAUGUCAUUGAGCUCCGGCCACGACAUUUGUGUUUCUAAGACAGUGAAGGUGGAUGCUAUCCCAUCGCUGGUCCCUUUGCUCCCAGGGGGCGAUGGUUUUUGCCACCCACUUUUUGACCCAUAGCAUCUGGGGGGGUGGGAAGGAUGGGGGUGGGGCGGGAGGAGAGAUUUUGCGUGCGCACUACUUAUUUAUUUUUUUUAAAAAAAUGCUUUUAAGUGGUUUUAGGUUCUUUUGAAUAAAUAAUAAUUAUUACAAAAAAGGUGCACAUCUUGCUGCUGUAGGGUUCUCAGAGGGUUAAUUUCUUUAUAAAUAUAUAUAUAUAUCACAGUAAAUAUUUGUAUAAAAAUGAAAGAGAAAUAGAGAUGUCUUUAAGUAAAUUAUUGCUUUUAAAGAAACUUCUAUGAUUGUACAGUGUUACCUGGGACAAUAGAAUAAUAUAUACAGAUGUAUUUUUAAACUGCUGCAUAGGCAGAUGUGAACCGGGCUGGGGAGCGUCCGCAGGUGGGGGGAGGGGUCGGACCCUUCCCAGCCCCCGUUCACCCACCCCCUUCCCUGAACCCCGCUAGUGAGGAUCUAGCUCUGGCGAGUUGUCGUAUAUAUACUGUAUAGUCCUCGUCCUGGCCAUGGACCAUGCCGGUACAUAGUGUAUAAAUAUUAUUUUUGCCUACCUGUGACUGCUCUGAGCUACUGGUCUUUUUUUCUAUCGACAGGGAGCAUUGUGAAGCUGCCCCGUGGUGGGUUUAACCACAUGGAUUGUCAAAGAAAGGCCGGGGGUGGGGGGGGGGGGAGGGAAGAAGAAAAGGUGAAAAAAGCCAAAAAAUAGUGUUUGUUCGUCACUCGGGUUCCCCGGAGGGGCUGAAAAGGUGCAGGGCUGCUCUCGGGGUGCAGGUUUUGGUGUCGGUCACAGCAGGGAUGGAGCAGGAUCCCAGUGGGAAGGGUCUCGGAGCUGAGCAAGGGGACACGUCCCCUCCAGCGAUUAACUGCUGGCUAUUUCCUCUGAGCUGAGGACACUCCAUCCAUGGAGUAACUCUGGUGUUAUGCUUGAUCCUUGGAGGAUGGCAGGAGUCUGGGAAAGGAAAGAGACACUAAUCCUCUUGGCCAGCACCCUGUAGGGAUUGCCCCCGGCCAGGCUCAGUGCAGCCUCUGGCAGCACCCGCCACCCUGGCUGGGGGCAGGGGACCAGACCCACGGCUGCUCCCGCUUGGCUUCACCCCAAAAAGAUGUACUGGCAGAAAGGAGCCGCAUCCCUGUGCCCCAAAACCACCAGCUGGGAGUAGCAUCCUCUGCCCCCGACAGAUGCACGGUGUGUCCCCUCAGCCGGGCAGUGGGUCCCCGGGGCCGGGAGCCGUCGGGAUGAGCCUUAGCUUCUCAUAACCAAAAUUAGUGCACUUAGUCUUUUAGGGCUGGGACAAUCACUUAGCGCUUAACCUUUCGCGAUUCGGUGCCUGCUUGACCUUCAAACCUUUUGUAGGAGAUGAAUUCAGAGCCACCUUUUCUAUCUUUAAUAAGGCAGAACAAAUACGUUUAUUUUUAAACCCUCCUGCUCUUUCCUCUUGUGCUGACAACCAAAAGAGUCCCCUGUGUGUGUGUGUGUGUGUGUGUGUGUGCGUGUCCCAUUUCUUGCACGCCAAAACGAGUGUGUGGCAGCCCAGUCCAGUACUCCGGCCGCAUCCUGCUCUCCCACCCCCCAAUUCAGGAAUGCUGCCGGGGGGGCUGGUGCAGGGCAGGAUCUGGCCGUGUCAUGGGCAGGGAGGGGACAUGAGACGGUGCCCGACCCAAUGCCACCCGUCACCUUGCUGAGCCCCGGCACCCGCCAGCUGUGCAUAUCUGUCCCGCUGCCCACUUUUGGGGGGCGCUAUCCUUCCUCCAUCCCCCUGCCCCCCAACACACCCUGGUGUUCCCCCAGGCUUGGCCCCACAUGGUUUGGGGACCAAGACCUGGCACCAGUCCAUACGGGCAGGUUGGCAACUGGGAGCACUGGUUUCCCAGGGGUAAAAUGCCGAGUCUGUUUGCUGGAGCAAUGGUGACGUGCAGCGAUAAGAGAAGUUGAUGGAUGCAAUGAAAUUAUCUGUACCUUUUCCACCUCUGGUGUUUCUCUGUCUCAUUGCACAUAUAUUUGAGAUAUAUGUGACAAUGUAUAUAUAUAUUUGUAAAAUGUAUUUCAGAUGACAAAACUGGCCAAUUUUAUGUUAUUUUAAAUAUAUUAUAUAUAUUAUAUAUAAGUCUCCAAAAGAUAUAAAUAGACUAGAGAAAAUAAUAU